AUGGGAGAGUGGGUCAUCGGAGCUUUCAUUAAUAUCUUUGGAAGCGUUGCUAUUAAUUUCGGCACAAACCUUCUCAAAUUGGGACAUAAUGAGAGAGAAAGGUCAGCUCUAUUGGAUAGUGGCGGAGGAAAGACGUUGAAACCGAUUAUACAUUUUCAGACAUGGAGAGUCGGAAUCCUUGUCUUUCUUCUUGGGAAUUGCCUCAAUUUCAUUUCAUUUGGUUAUGCUGCUCAGUCCCUUUUAGCAGCUCUUGGAUCCAUUCAAUUUGUAUCCAACAUAGCGUUUGCUUAUGUUGUAUUGAACAAAAUGGUGACUGUUAAGGUACUUGUUGCUACAGCCUUUAUAGUUCUUGGAAACGUUUUCCUUGUAGCAUUUGGUAAUCACCAGUCACCAGUUUUCACACCCGACCAGUUGGCAGAGAAGUACAGCAAUAUGACAUUCUUGGUCUACUGUGGGAUUUUGAUACUAAUCGUAGCCGUAAACCAUUUCCUCUAUAGGAAGGGAGAAGUUUUGUUAUCUGUACCUGGACAAGAGUUUGGCUCUUAUUGGAAAAUGCUGCUUCCUUUCUCAUACGCUGUGGUCUCCGGCGCUAUAGGAUCAUGUUCGGUUUUAUUCGCCAAGUCACUCUCAAACUUGCUGAGAUUAGCCAUGUCUAGUAGCUAUGAAUUGCACAGCUGGUUCACAUACUCAAUGCUUCUUUUAUUUCUUAGUACAGCUGGAUUCUGGAUGACAAGAUUAAAUGAAGGAUUGUCUCUGUAUGAUGCAAUUCUCAUAGUUCCAAUGUUUCAGAUUGCUUGGACUUUCUUCUCCAUCUGUACAGGAUUCAUCUACUUCCAAGAGUUUCAGGUUUUUGAUGCGUUAAGAACGACAAUGUUCAUAUCAGGAAUGUUGUGCGUGUUCAUAGGCAUUUCCUUACUAGCACCUGAUGAUACAAGAGGCAACGAGACAAAAGAUAAUUCAUCAUCUCUAGACUCCAUAGUCUCCUCAAGCGUACCAACCGAGGAGGACAGGUUGAUAUCUCAAUCAUCUAUAGAUGGACAUAGCAAAGACUCAAGAGUAGUUGUGCAAGGAAUGUAUAUGAAAGCGACUGAUCUAGUUGCCAGGACAAAGACUGCUUGUUUAGCAGCAUUGGGCUUUGGGGAAGACUCUAUAAACGCGUCUGCGAUUCUCGUGAUGCCAAUGGUAUCUUCAAAGAUUACAGGGUUUAGAGGAAACGGACUCGAACGGGCAAAGAUUUUGUCAAUGAGAGGAUCAGGAUGGAGCAAACUAGCCAUGGAAGAAGAAGGAACAAGAACGCUUGAAAAGACAUCUCAUCACCCUUCAAAGGCUUAA